ACACGUCAUUUGGCUUUACUACAGUACUAGAGGCUGCACUGCACUGAAAGCAUUUGUCUUUUUACAUUACUUUAUAUGAGCUGUGUGAAAGUUGUCAUUUGGACCUAUUUGACUUUGGAUCUACUGCUUAUACUGAAAAAUGAACAUUUUUCAUAAACUUCAAGUUUGAUGUUUACUGAAGAAGAAUAUCGGCAUGAAAGAAUGGGUCUGGCAAGUUGUGACUGCACAAAUGUUGAGGUUUUCAUUUUGUUUUGAACUUGUACAGCAACAGAUACCAGUUGAUAUAUUUUAUAUACCUUAACUACAAGACUGAAUACUGUUCUCGUAUCUGUUUGGGAAUCAUGGGAAUUCAGAAAGAGGAGCUUGUUCUUGAAGAAGGUGAUUGUCAAGCUAUGUCUACCAACUUAAAAUACCUUUCUUUGAGCAUAUUAGUCUUUCAGACAACUAGUUUGGUGUUGACUAUGCGCUAUUCUAGGACACUGAAAGAAGAAGGACCUCGUUAUUUGUCUUCAACUGCAGUAGUCAUUGCUGAACUUUUGAAAAUUACGGCUUGCAUUUUGUUGGUUUACAAAGACAGCAAGUGCAGCUUGCGAACUCUGAACAGAGUGUUACGUGACGAAAUUCUUAACAAACCAAUGGAAACACUUAAACUUGCUAUUCCUUCUGGGAUUUACACUCUACAGAAUAACCUGCUCUAUGUUGCUUUAUCAAAUCUAGAUGCAGCCACUUACCAGGUCACAUAUCAGCUGAAAAUCCUCACAACUGCAUUGUUUUCCGUGUCGAUGCUCAGUAAGAAAUUAGGUGUAUAUCAAUGGCUUUCAUUAGUGAUUCUGAUGGCUGGUGUUGCAUUUGUACAGUGGCCAUCAGAUUUGCAGACAGCAACAGCUAAAGAACUUUCAGCAGGAUCACAGCUUGUGGGCUUGGUAGCAGUACUUAUAGCCUGCUUUUCUAGUGGAUUUGCUGGAGUGUACUUUGAAAAAAUUUUGAAAGAAACAAAACAAUCAGUAUGGAUUAGAAAUAUUCAGCUUGGAUUUUUUGGUAGUAUAUUUGGAUUGAUGGGCGUAUACAUUUAUGAUGGAGAACUUGUAUCAAAGAAUGGAUUUUUUCAAGGUUAUAACAAGCUUACUUGGAUAGUUGUAGUCCUUCAGGCACUUGGCGGCCUUGUUAUAGCCGCUGUUAUAAAAUAUGCAGACAAUAUUUUAAAAGGAUUUGCAACAUCGUUAUCGAUUAUAUUGUCAACAUUAAUAUCAUACUUCUGGCUUCAAGAUUUUGUCCCCACAAGUGUGUUUUUUCUUGGAGCUGUUCUGGUAAUAGUUGCUACUUUCUUAUAUAGUUAUGAUCCAAAGCCAACAGGAAAUCCUAUUAAAGCAUAACAGACUUUUCCAUCUCACAGUAUUUUGCCAAUAUUGUGGAAAAAGGACUUCUAAAUACUAUUGGAGGAUUUAUCAGGCACUGAAAGAGUUUGUACUGUGUCAGAAGAAUGAUGUUUAAUAAUUAAAUUUGUAAAACAACUUCUGUAAAAGAAGGGAAGUCCAGAGCAAAACUUGAAUGUGUUGCUUCUAGAACCUGGAACUAGAAGUGCUUCCAACUUGAACUCUGAGGUUAAAUCAGAAUGAUGUACUAUUUUCAACAGCUGCAGAAAUGUCCUAUGCAUUCUUCUUGCAAGAGCACCUGGCAACAUCUGUUAAAUCAUACCUCUUUUGCAAGUUAUUUCAUCUUUUCUAAUUUUAUAUGAAUGCAGAUCUGUAUAUAUACACACACACACACGUACACAUACACACAAACAAAUUAGAAAUCAAAGAGAUGUAAAAUUUUGUCCUACGGUAGUUUUUUCCAUACUGAUGUCCUCUGGGUGUGUUGGGAGUUUGGAUUUUAUAACCUACCAAACAAUAAAUUCACCAGGCUGGCUGGAAAUUUAUGGAAUCAAAGUACCGUAUAAUAUAUCUCGAGGAAGAUUUGUUUUGGGCAGAAGGUUUGAUGAUGAUGUUUCUGGUAAGUAUUCUUGUUCAAAACCAAUGAAGUAUCACUGAAUCAUUGUUUGUAGAUUUAUAAUAUUUUAUAUAGAAAAUAAUUAAUUCACUGAAAUUGAUGUUGUAAAAUGUACUGAUGUAAAUGUCUCAUUAUAAUUGUCGGUGAAUUCGCCAAGAGGAAGAAUUUGAUAUUUUCAUUUGGAAGCUUUGUGUGUAUGAAUGCCACAAAUUAUAUUGUUGCACCAUGCUGUUGUUAAAAUGAGACCCCUCACCAAUUAGAAGCAGCAUAGCUACAGUAUCUGGUACUUGUUCUACAUUAGAUGAAUGUCAUUGUACAUUGCCAUAACUGAUAACGAAUAUGUGUUUAUUUGUUCAGAGAACAAUUUCUUUACUUGAUAAGAACAUUCUUACAAUUUAUGGACCGUACAUUUCAUUGCUUAAUAUCUUAAUUUGAAAAUAUUUUUAAACUGUAUUUUUAAAAGUAGUCAUAUAACUCUAUAAAAAGUAUUAAGAGUUCCUUUUGGAGCCACGGUAGUAUAUUAAUGUGUAUAUUAUGUACUAUAAUAUAGAGCUUUAAAAAAAAAAAUCUGGAAAACUUAUUUAACUCAAGUGGCUCUGUCCAGUCUUGAAAUUCCAUUGUUAGAAUACAUGCUAAUUGUAUUAACCAUUAAAUGAAGAAUGUUAAUGUGCAAUAAAUAUUAGGCAUGAAUUGUUCAGGUGUGUAAGCAGAAAUGGCCAUAAAGCCCAGUGGAACUCUCUCUACUCUUCAUUGAAUAUAAAACUUGAAAUAACUUCUAAGCUUCGGUCCAGGUAAUUGCUUUUGAUGCGGAAGAGCUUCACUGGCCGUUGGGCAAUUCUUUAUGAACUCACAGGGCCGUAGUCACACCCAUAGAGAUCAUACCCAGACUAUUUUGGAAUGUUGAAAUAUUUAAAUAUAUUCCCAGAACAUAAGAUAGCGAUAGGCUCUGUGAAAGCGGUUUGUAUACAUUUGCUUGAAUAAUGGUAGUACAUCAUUGAAAUCCUCAUGGAAAUUGCUGCUGAGAAAUUAUGAUUGUAAUCAUGGAAGUCAUACUGGCACUUUUGUCACCCUCCAUGCAGAUGUCUGGAACAGCUGAGCUGCCUUGUAGGUGGAACUCUUUUUAUUUUUUUAACACAUUGUAGACCAGUCUGUCCUAAAUGCUUAUAAAGUGUAUAUCACAAUAAAAUAACAUCUACCGUG